UUGAUAUGACUAAUCUUGCGUUGCCGGAGUAAAGACUACAAACAUAGUGUAGGGUUGUUUUUUCGUAUACUAAAGAAUCGCCUUUCAAACAUUGACAAUGCCACAGUCGCACGAGUGUGAAAUACGUUUCGAAGACAAUCCGAGCGCCGUUUAUUUUCCCGGGCAGGCUCUGUCGGGUCACGUCAAGUUGCGCAUACUUGAAUCGUUCAAAGUUACGGGUAUAAGCCUCCAUCUUAAAGGAUUCGCCGAAGUCCAUUGGUCGGAGACUUCUGGUUCGGGCAAAAAUCGCAACACGACUCACUACCGUGGGCGACAGGACUACAUCAACACCGUCACGUUCCUUCAGGGUUCACACGACAGCGGCUCAUUUGAUCUUGUUCCUGGAACUCAGAGCCACCCUUUUUGCUAUCAGCUUCCCGUUAAUCUACCCAGCUCAUACGAGGGCAAACACGGACACAUUCGGUAUGCCUUAAAAGUGGUGCUUCAUCGCCCCUGGAAGAUUGAUUCGAAGUACAAGGUCGUCUUUAACGUACAAUGUCUCGUGAAUCUCAAUGAGAAUGCGAUCGCACUAGCAGUGCCGUGCAAAAUGGAAAUCCAGAAGAUAUUCUGCUGUUGGCCAUGCGCUUCGAAACCACUGUAUAUUUCGGUCCAAAUACCGUUUAGUGGAUAUGUGGCCGGUCAGAUGAUAGCGGUACACAUUGAGGCUUCCAACCGAAGCGGAAGGAAAGUGCUUGGGUUCAGUACGAAGCUGGAAAGGAUCGUAUCCUAUAUUAGCCAGACCCCGCGCACUCGCGUGAAGCGCAUAAAUGAAACCGUGGCAAUAGCAUGUGGCCAAGGAGUGGCAGCUGGUGGACAGGGAUCCUGGGAUCACCAUUUGCGCGUGCCAGCCAUCCCUCCUACGUGUAACCAAAGCCAGCUUCUGACGGUCGGAUACCAACUGGUGGUAGAAGGGAAUGUUUCGGGACCGAGCAUCAAUCCAAGCAUUACCAUUCCGAUAACUAUCGGCACGGUUGCACUUGUCGCGAAUGGCAUGUCUGCAAUGGAUUCGAAUCACGACCAGUUGCAGCAGUAUCCUGUAUCGAUGGGCCCAAUAGCAACUGCUCCGGUCCUACAGGAACAAUCUGCAUCUUUACUUCCAUACCCAUCGACACCCUUCUUUCCUUACGGCGACCCAGAACCAAUUGCACCACCUAGCGUUCCGGAGGAACUACUCCCACCUCCAACAUACGAAGAAGCAGUUUCAGCCCCUUCAUUCAACUUCUAGAAACAAUUUUCUAGGAGAGCACAACGAGCAGCUCCCACCCCAUGACAUGGGUAAUAAUUAGAGGACAAAUAAUGAAGAUCUAUACAAUCUCCAUCAAGUUAUUAUACAUACAGUGCCUACAAGUAAGCGGUGUUUGUACGCUUUAAACGUUAAAUUUCGGUGCCUAACAUUACGCAUUUACAAAUAUACCUCAAAGGUGAAUGAAGCCGGUAGGCUUAAAAUGUCGUGAAAAUGUUCAUCUUCAAUGUUUAUGAUAAUAAAGUGUUGCUUUUUAAUAUGGCAUCGACCAGUUA